UUAUCCUGCGCUCUCGGCAGGAUGGGCGAUGACCAUGAGCACUGCUGUCGCCUGGCCCCCCUCCGCCUUCGCCCGGCGGGCCCCUCCCGGCGGCCCCCUCCCCCUCCGCCGCCGCCGCCGCCACCACCACCGUUGCUGCUGUCGCGUCUUUAGCUCCUCCAGCAGCUCCGGUCGUCGGUGCUUCCUCCCGUUGCGCGUUGUGGAUGACUCCAAAGAGACAGAGACAUCUCCUGAUCGUUCAAAUGAAAGAUCUGAAUCUGAUAAGUUAGUUGACAGUAUGGAUUUUGGUGAACUUUGCAAUGACUUUGAAUGUAUCAGUAGCCCCUUUGUGGAAUCAACGGCAAGACAACUUGCACGGGAUAUUUUAGAGUUGCGAGAUGGAAAUCGUGCAUUAGGAUCUUAUUCAAUUUCUGUCAAAUAUAAAGAUCCAGUUAGGACCUUUGUUGGACGUGAAAAAUACAGGAGACCUCUAUGGGCAACUGAUGCAUUGGACAAACCCUCAGUGACAGUGCAGGAGAUGGCAAUGCUGUCAACCAGUAUACUGAACAUCAAAUGGACGCUAAGAGGGAAACCUAAAAGUCUGUUCGCAAGCAUAGGAGGAGACUUGAUACUUCGUGUGAACUCCCGAUUCACAUUAAACCAAAUAAGUGGCCAAGUGACUGAACAUGAGGAAUCAUGGGAUUUGUCUGCAUCGUCUGCAAUUGCUCGGGGGUAUUUCUGGGUUUCAAGGACGCUUUUCUCUGCCAUUGAGGCUGGCAAAGAUACAAUUGAUUCCAUUAAGAACACUCCUUCUCGUUUCUCAAAAGAAAAGGAGAACUUGGAGAUCUAUCCAGACCCUUCUGGGGAUCCUACAAAGGUCAUUCCACAACAUGGCUUUUAAUAUUCAUGCACGCGUCCUUGUAUUAUUUCUUGGCAAAAGAGAGCAAUAGAUAGGUCCACCCAAUCCACUUUAGUGCCGAAACCUCGUUUUGGAACUGGAGAAGAUCCCGGCUAAUCCUGUCAAGGUAUUUUUCAGAGUCCAGCUUACAUGUGAUGAUGCUUUCUUUCUUCGCUCUAUGGCACUAUGAAAUGAUCACACGCACACGCAGAUAGCAAUCCAGAAUGCGUAGUCCCUUGAUGAAGGUUACUUGUGCUGAGCGGCGGUGGAGAGGGAGCAUUAAAAUCUUUACUGAACUAUGACCGGCCAUCAUAUUAGCAAAUAAACGUAUUCCUGAGCUUAAUGCACGAAAACAAUGAGGGAUUAGCUCAA